AGAGGAAAAGCGAGAGAGGGAAGGACAAGUCGUCUGCAGUCCGCUGCACUUGAGCACACACGCGCGGCGUGGGAGGACGACGACACUCUGGAUCCUCCACAAAACUAAACUAAACCAAAACAUUCAGCUUUUUGUUUGUUUGUUUGUUUGCUUGCUUUUGCUCCUAGUGGCGCCGUGCACGCGCCAAGCCGCAGCGUUUGGAAAGCAGUUGUUUUUUAAAACAUUUGGUGUUUUGGGGGGGUAAAAACAUUUUUUUAAUACUUUUAUUUGUUUGUUUGGAGCUGAGCCAUUGUCGCAAACCGGAUGACGGGUUUGCCUGCACGGCUCGGGCUGACGGAUCGGCACAGACGUUCGAGAGCAGAAUGGAAGUUCAAUUGACAAGUCGCUCGUGGCGCGGAUCAACACGUGGAUCUUUUCGCAGGUAAAACGCUCAACGACCUGAGCGCGCGCGCGGCUGGGAUUUCUUGUUUUUAAUCGGAUGCCCUUCCAGCACAAUUGGCCCAAACCGUGGAGAUCCCCCCCCCUUUCUUCCAGCUAAAAGUUGACUAAAAGAUUCCAAUAAUUCGAGAAAGAACUGCUCUCGUCCACUCAUUAACUGCGCAGAAUUCCUUGAUUGAACUUCGCUGCUGUCCAGCGCUUUUGGCGCACGGAGCGCUCAUCCACGGCUAUUUAUUGUGUCGUGAUUAUUUUUGGGGGUAUCCAAAAAAAAGAAAAACCCGAAGAACUGCCAACUUGAUCACCAACCUGAGUGUACAACAGAUUGGGAUAAAACAGCGAGGGGAACGGAAAUAAAUUGUCCCAUCAGGGCACCACUGGGAUUAUUGGUUUGACAUCGCCUGCAGAAAGUGGAUUACAUCUUGCAGCUCCAUGACCGGCGCGGCAAUGAAGUUGGGACUGGAUUGCGCGUGUCUGCCAGCCUGCUGGCCCCUGGGCAGCUUGCUGGACUCCAGACACUGCGUGUUUGCGCUCACACUCCUCACACUCCUCAUGCAGGUGGUGGUGGAGGCCAACUCCUGGUGGUCUUUAGCCAUGAACCAGCCGCUGAUCCCGGAGGCCUACAUCAUCGGCGCCCAGCCUCUGUGCAGCCAGUUGGCGGGCCUCUCGCAGGGCCAGAAGAAGCUGUGCCAGCUCUACCAGGACCACAUGCAGUACAUCGGCGAAGGUGCGAAGACGGGCAUCAGAGAGUGCCAGUACCAAUUCAGACAUCGGCGCUGGAACUGCAGCACGGUGGACAACUCCUCUGUCUUUGGACGGGUCAUGCAAAUAGGCAGUCGAGAGACGGCCUUCACCUACGCCAUCAGCGCUGCGGGGGUCGUGAACGCAGUGAGCCGUGCCUGCAGAGAGGGGGAGCUGUCCAGCUGCGGGUGCAGCCGUGCCGCUCGGCCCAAAGACCUGCCACGAGAUUGGCUGUGGGGCGGUUGUGGCGAUAACCUCAACUAUGGCUACAGGUUCUCCAAGGAGUUUGUGGACGCUCGCGAGAGGGAGAAGAGCUACCCGAAAGGCUCUCAAGACAGUGCCCGGCUCAUGAUGAAUCUUCAUAAUAAUGAGGCUGGGAGAAGGACUGUGUCCGACCUCGCGCACGUGUCCUGCAAGUGCCACGGGGUGUCCGGCUCGUGCAGCCUCAAGACCUGCUGGCUGCAGCUGGCCGACUUCCGCAAAGUGGGCGACGCGUUGAAGGAGAAGUACGACAGCGCCGCCGCCAUGAAGCUCAACUCGCGUGGGAAGCUGGUGCAGAUGAACAACAAGUUCAAUGCACCCACCAGCCACGACCUGGUGUACAUCGAGUCUAGUCCAGACUACUGCCUGAAGAACCAAAGCACCGGUUCACUGGGCACCGUGGGACGUCUUUGCAACAAGACCUCAGAGGGGAUGGACGGGUGCGAGCUGAUGUGCUGCGGUCGCGGCUACGACCAGUUCAAGGCCCAGUUAGUGGAGCGCUGCCACUGCAAGUUCCACUGGUGCUGCUACGUCAAGUGCAAGCGCUGCACCAAAAUCGUAGACCAAUUCGUCUGCAAGUGAGACGAGAGGCGAGUAGCAGACGAUGGCCGUGCAUCUGUGUGAACGAAGGAGUCCGAGACAGAGAGAGAAACUAUAUAAAUUAUAUUUAUAGAGUUAAACAAUUAUGCCAUUGCAAAAAGACUUGACUCACACUCCACCCCCCCCCCCCAAAAAAAUCACAUCUUCAGGAACUGAGAGUAUCAUAAAAUAUUUAUUUUAAGAUUGUUUUACGUUGGUCCAGCUGAUUUUUAACUCCUGCGAGUGCCUAAAACGGCUGGAAACACCGCGUCAUCCCUUCCCAACAACUCCAUAAAUUCCGGAAAGGUUUGUUUCUUUUGUCAGAUUUGUCAUAUGGAUAACAAAAUUGGACUGUGCUUCCCAUUUUGUAAGAAAAAGUAGAGCGUGAUACUUGACGCGCCGUUGACUUCAAGGUCCUGGUUUGUUGUGUGGCUGCGGUGACAGGAGAGUACCUUUGUGUUGUAAGGACGGAUGUGUUUUCACGGGCUCGAUCCCACACCGGCUCUCACAUCCCCGAGCACAACUUCUCCCCAUCUCCACUCGUGGAGCGUGAGGGAUCGUGUUGGUUCGUAUGAGUCUGUGGAGAAAAAUGGGUUCAGUCAGAGGACUGUUUUAGGGGCCGGGCUAUUUAUUAAGCUGUCCCAGAAACCGUAGCGAUCCACAGGUGCUGCAGAACCUCGCCACCAUUAUGCACUUUGAUACAGAGGCUUAAACCUGUCUGUAUGUGUCUGUUCAGCUGUUUUUUUUUUUUUUUUAAU